AUGCCACCAAAACAGAAUCCAGAACAAUCAGAAGUAAAAGCACCAAAAAAUGUAACUGCUAUAUGUGGUAUUAGAGGCCCUGGUCCUAAAUAUAAGCUUAAAACACUGGUGGGUUAUCAAGAGCAUUGUAUAUCUAAAUAUCGAAAUCCAGCAUAUUCAUUUGGCAAUCAAUUUUUCCCUUCGAAACGAUGUGAGAUACCAGGACCAAAGUAUUUACUACCAGAUCCGAAACGUGGAGGUUUCUCUUUUGGAUUAAUUGGACGGACUUUCGGUACUUCUUGUACUCCUGGACCGAAAUAUGUAUUACCAUCGUCAAAAAAUCCAGCAUUUUCAUUGAAAUUCAGGACUAAAUACAGAGGCAGCUGUGCAACACCAGGACCUUAUUACGUAAAACUUCCCAGAGAAGGUCCAGCUUUUUUUAUGGGAAUCCGGUUACCUCCUUUGAAAUGUGAUCCCGUACCAGGCCCUUAUAGUUACACAGAUAAACAAUGUACACCGAAGUAUACUAUUCUACCAAGACGGGAUUAUAAAAUCGUUUGCCAUAGUCCAGGUCCUGUGUAUGAUAUUAAACCACCGAAACCAACGCCAGCCUAUUCCUUCGGAGUCAGACAUAGCGAAUGCGCACCCCCUUACAUCGUUGAAUGUGAUGACCAGUGUUAA